CAGCGUGACUACUAUGAGACACCGGAGCAGAAGCUGAGGAAAAACAUCAUACACUACGGCGAGGUGGAUCCCCUCCAAGAGCUCCCUCGCCUUGCUACCCAGAUCUUUGAGCACACGCCCACCAACGUACCUGCCGUUACAGAGGGUUUCCGGAUAGGCGUAACGGAACAGCCCUUCAAGAUUCCGUACUAUGCAGCAUUGCUGAGGCUGCUUUAUGACCGCGCUGCUUCCGAAGAAGCGACUGAGCCGUUGGGAAGGUUGGUGUUGGACGACUUCUGGAAAGCAUUCCGCGAGUUCAUCGAGAAGCAUGCAUGGAGGGAAAUGCGGCUAUGUGUCCAUUUCUUUGCUCACUUGACCGUCGCGCGAGUUAUUUCAGCGAGGUCGAUGUAUGACCUCCUGGACACCUUCAAGGAGGUCAUAGUUUCCAUCGAUUCCACUCACAACCGUUCCACGAAGGCUGCGCUGUGUGUUGCAGAGGGUCUUUUCAUUGCAGGUGCCGUUCUCAAGGAGGACCCAUCCUUGGAUAUCUUCAACCUCAUUGAGACGAUCCAAAGUUUCAUUGAAAUGGACCAGAAGAUUCCCACCAAGCUGCUUGUUCAGCCGGUUGUUCGGCUGCACGCCACGAAGAAUGUGAUCCAGCUUGGAGACACAAAAGAUGUACUUGAGCACGCAGGCGAGUGGCUAAGCUGCGCCCUCUCUGUACUGCGAACCUUGGCGGCCAACGAUUUCGCGCACACUGCCGACAGCGUCCCUCAACCCUACCUGGACUCACCUCCUUUGACGGGAGAAUUAUUCGACCUCGAGGCAAUUCUUGUUCCCCCAGAAGUCGAAGAGGAGGGCGUAGAGAGUAGCAGAAAGGGGGAGUGGCCACAGUGUUACGUUCGCCUUUUUGACGACGACGUAACUCCGGAUCCCACGACCCCUGUCGGAUAUAUCCUGCGCUCUAAUCUCUUUGAUAUGAUUGACAUCUUCGAGGUGAACCGCAAGGAGUGCGCACGCUUGCUCUUGGAGUACCCGAAAUGGACGUUGCCUGGCACAUUCAAACCAAAAGCCGGAGCCCCACCGCAGUCUCCUGUGGAAGGCAAGGGGUGGGAUCUAGAGAACACCCUCAUCGAGACCAUCCUUGACGCGAUGCUCUUGCUGCCCGAGUCAGCGCAUAAGUCAAUCUACUACAUUGCGCUAAUCACCGAGCUUUGCAAGGCCCAGCCUCAGUCCGUUGGUCCCGCCGUUGGCAAGUCCAUCCGAAAGCUGUACGCGUUGCUCGCGGAUGGUCUUGAUGUCGAGGCUGCGCAUCGCUUUGCGGAAUGGUUCGCCGUUCACAUGAGCAACUUCAACUUCAUUUGGGUGUGGAAGGAAUGGAUUCCCGACCUGACGCUGGUAUCUCAACAUCCUAGACGUAGCUUCAUGCGCCGGGCGGUUGAGUACGAGAUCAGGCUGUCUUACUACGACAGAGUCUUGCGCACGCUGCCUGAAGCUAUGGCUGAACCGAGUGUUCAGGUCAUGCCUGAGUCGGCUCCAGGCCCCGAAUUCGAGUACGAAGAGCCUGGUAUCCCAUACCAUGAACCUGCUCAGGGCAUUCUCAACCUGCUCCGUGGCCGCGCUAAACCAGACGACGUGAUGCAGCAGCUGGAAUCCAUCCGCAACCAGCUGUCAGAGACCAUCGAGGGAGACAUGAGUGUCGACACCCUCCUCCGCUCGAUCACCGUCCAGUCUCUCUUGUCGAUCGGUUCGCGCUCGUUCUCGCACUUCCUCAACGCGAUCGAGCGCUACUUGCCUCUCCUUCGCAACCUCGCGGCUGGGCAAAUCACGGCUUCUGGCUCGCCCAGUGCCGACGCGCGCAGGGACAUCAUGAGCGCCGUUGCGCGGGUCUGGCGUCGGAGCCGGCACAUGAUCCUCAUUGUCUUCGACAAGCUGAUGCAGUACCAGAUCGUCGACCCUGCAGACGUCGUCGCGUGGACGUUCACAGACUACACGCUGGUCGUCGACGGCCAAGCGAAAAAGACUUUCAACGCGUUCCAGUGGGAUCUGCUCAAGUCUGCAUUGGACAAGGCAAACGGACGUGUGACUAUCCAGAAGAGGAAGGUCGCUGCGCUCAGCAGAGAGGCGGACGAGAGAGCUGCACGAGUGUUGGCUAACGAAAACGCGAGCAUGGAGGUUGAUGGAGACGCCCAGUUGGGACUCCGUUCGCUGACUCCACGAUCAGAUGCUGCACCCGCUGGAGAGACCCCCCAGCUGACAGCGGCAAGGAAUGCGAUCGAGGUUCUACAUCGCGAGCAGAAGGCCGUUCUCCGGCGCACCAUGGAAGGUUUCCUCGACCACCUCGCUGUUUCGGAAGCAGGCGCAGAGGAUAAGACGGAGGUGCUCACCGAAAAGGCGUGGCAUAACCGUGCGAAUUGGGAGGACGAUAAGUGGGCCAUCUGGGAAACCUGGGGCUGGUUCCGCAAUUGGGUCAGGACGUUUGCACCCUACUUCACGGUUGGGGACAACCAACAGAUGCUGGAGGACCUUGCCCAGUCAAUGUAUUCUGCACAUCCGACACACGGGGGAACCAGGCUGUUCCAAGCUGUCUGGAAUAUCGCCGUCGGCCAGGAGCCUGUCUGGGACGACCCCGAGGAUGCGUGA